AUGUCUCUUGCGACUACGGCUAAUACCCUCACUCCGGCCAGCAACUUCCCGGUUCUGUUCAACUGGAAGCAUUCCACGUCUCUCCUGAUAGCCGCCGCAGCUGUAGUAAUGACUGCCCCUAUAGUUACAGCGGCUCUACUACGAGGCCGUGGCGCAUCUAACCCUCCGGGGAUUACAUCGCUCCCCUCAUUGCCGCUGUUUGUCGAGGCUAAGAAGCAUUCGACCACUGACAGCAAGAAGGUGGCCGUGAUAGACAGUACAAAGGGAGAGAGCUUUACAUACAAACAAUUGUUGUCAGAUGUAUCAGAGAGGAAGAAAUGGCUUUUGGAACAGUUGUCACUAGCCGAUUUGGACGAGAGAAGGAUAGCAUUCCUGGUUCCCAAUGGCUAUGAUUAUGUUGUAAUGCAGUGGGCUGUAUGGGCUGCCGGAGGUGUCUGCGUGCCACUUUGCACCUCACACCCCGUCAAAGAACUUCUCUAUACGAUCGGCGACUCGCAGCCCUCACUGGUGGUGAUCCAUCCAGCUUUCGACAAGGUCGGUACAACUCUGUGCGAACUAAUCAGCAAUGUGCCCUUCACUGAAUUUAUCCCGCUUUCGAGCGCAAUGGAUAUAACUACUAUUUCGCUGCCGCCAUUCCAUGAAUCGCUCCCACUGGACCGAAGGGCUCUCAUGAUAUACACAUCCGGCACCACAUCUAAUCCCAAGGGCUGCGUCACAACGCAUAAAAACAUCACGUUUCAAGCAGAUUGUCUGGUCAAAGCCUGGAAAUAUACGCCAUCGGAUCAUUUGAUUCAUGUCCUACCCUUACAUCACGUCCACGGUAUCGUCAAUGGCCUGACUGCAUCAUUCCUUAGUGGCGCAACGGUAGAAAUGUACCCCAAAUUCGACCCCAAAAUUAUCUGGGAAAGAUGGCAGGAUAAGGGCUCAUCAACAAUGUUCAUGGCUGUACCCACUAUCUACUCUCGGUUGGUCGACUAUUUCGAUGCGCACAUUCGCUCCACGGACGCGGAAGCCAGUUCGAGAGAAGGUGCGAAAGCGCUUCGUCUUGUUGUCAGCGGCUCCGCUGCCCUACCCACCCCGAUCAAGGCCAAGUUUGCGGAAAUCACUGGCCAGGUGUUACUUGAGCGGUAUGGAAUGACCGAAAUCGGAAUGGCUAUCAGUUGCGGUCUUGAUGUCUCUCGGCGAUUAGACGGAAGUGUUGGCUGGCCGUUACCUGGCGUUCAAGUACGACUGACUGAUAAAGAGACCAACAAAAUAAUCGAGCAAAACGAAGAAGAUGGCAUGAUUGAGAUCAAGGGCGACAAUGUCUUUCUCGAAUACUGGAAUAAGCCUGAAGCUACCGCGAAGGAGUUCACAUCCGAUGGAUGGUUCAAGACAGGUGACGUCGCAAGGCGUUCAAAAGAAGAUGGCGCCUACUAUAUUCAGGGGCGCGCAUCAGUCGAUUUGAUCAAGACUGGUGGCUACAAGGUAUCUGCGCUGGAAGUUGAGCGGAAAAUACUCGGUUUGGAGUACAUACAAGAAGUCGCCGUUGUCGGCGUGACGGAUGAGGAAUGGGGUCAGCGUGUUGCUGCUGUUAUUAAGCUUCGAGAUGGUGCCGAACCAUUGGAAUUGUCAACUUUAAGAACGCAACUGAAACAAGAAAUGGCACCUUAUAAGAUCCCAACCAUAUUGAAGCUUGUCGACGGAAUAGAACGCAAUGCAAUGGGCAAGGUUAAUAAGAAAGAUUUGUUGAAGAAGUACUGGCCGGAUGCGUGA